AUGGCAACAGAUGACCUUGUUCUCGAAGAUAUGCUCGACGUGACAGAUGACGAGGUAUCAAGAGCCAUUCUGGAGCUACAGCAAUGGCUCGAAUUUGCAGCUGCGAUCAUGCCCAAAGGUCCUCCUGGCGGGCAGUACGGCAAUGGGGAUGUCGGAGUCUUCCCUGCAGAUUCAUCGAUGGCCAAGCUGAUCAACUUUUGGCACGAGGGUCUGGUUCCACCUACCUCCAAAUGCACCAUAGUUGACGGCGUCAAAGUUCCAGAGCGGGCGUGGUCACUCGCACGAGCAACUAUGGAAGAUCUGAGCCACGGGUAUGCUUCGCUAGCAUUCACGGCUUAUUGCUACACUGGCCUCGUCAAGGACGCGGAGAUCGCGACAUAUCUGGCUUCGAGCCGCCUGCGGGCCAUCAGACACCUUAGGCGACAGGUGGACCUCGGUAUAGUCAAUCCUGGAGCAGUCACAAUGUUGCUCGCGCACGAGUUGAUCACUCGAGAUUACGAUGCAGCUACAACUCAUGCGAGUUUCCUUUUCAAGCUCUUGGAGCAAGCUCAGUUACUGGCUGCCAGCAGUGGGGGCAUUAAGAUAGGCAUGAAUCGUCACUGUCUCUUCUUCGUCGAGACGAUGCGGACCACAGCCUUGAUGGUGCCGACGCAUCGUCUAGUAGACGAAUGGCAAAUCAGCACACGAGAUCUGGAUCGGUGGGCCACGACCUCUCCUGACACUGCACUCGUAGAACGAGCAACCUCAACGGCUCUGCUGGACAUCACAGCACUCAGUGAUGCCACACUAAUUGCACUCUUCGAACAAAUUCGAAGGCUCGAUGCAUACAUGCACGCUAGUCUAGACGCGAACUACGUGACAUACUCUGCAGCUUACCAGCUGUCCUGCUCACUAAUCGUACUGUCUGGACGGCUGCUGAACUACAGCCUGGAUCUCACGAACGAUCCGCUGCGCAGGGCUGCUGCUCUGGCAGCGCUUUACUACCUACGCCUCCGUGAGAGAUCCGAGUUUGUCAACUUCAGCAGCUCAGCGUCUCGAGGCGAAGCGUUCAUGCUGAAAUGCUUCUCACAGGGUCCGCUCAUCGCUGCAAACCUGUCAGACUUGCUGGUUCAAUCCGAUCGCGAAGGCAGUGUGCACACAGUGCCGUCGGCUAAGGGCUCACCGAUGCUGAGCAAGGACGAAAGUGAUUGGGAGUCUAUUGGACCCGAACUCAGACUACGUAUCUGGAUUCUUUAUGUCGGCGCAUUCAUCGAACAGACUGCGGACUACACGCAAUCGCCGAAUCUGCGUCGGACACAUCAUCAUGAAGGCCUUCAAUUCCAGCUCGUAUUGACCAGCCUGUUGGCGCGUGCGUAUGCAGAUCUUCUGGCAGGUUUUCUCGUUCUACCGGUUCAGCCUGGUGCUGCAACGGUGCCAUUGUUGGAGGAUCUGAUAGAACCAGAGCUGCAGGGCAUGAGUGAGAUACCCGCCAGCAUUCGGCGGAGUACCUCAGAAACGCACGCCAACCAACAAGGCGAGCAAGAUAACUUUCAGUACGUCUACGGCCCCAAAUGGCUGAACAUGGUGCUACGCACAUGGGGCAUUGGCAACCGCGAUGGCGGCAAGGGCGUGGGUGGGUUCAAGCUGCCAUGUGUGGCCAACACUGCUGCGACGACUGCUCACAAGUGA